AUGAUGGAUUUGAGGAGUACUAUUUUGAGGGUGCAGAUACACAUGCAUCCUCUCGGUCGCCACAAACCCCGCAUACGCCACGGCCACCGAACAUGCCACCGACGCCGCAUGGCUCCACCUCUAGAGGUGUUACGGGCGGUCACGACUCGAAUACGAGUGAUUUUCAGGACUCUUUGUUACCCAUCAUCAGCCAAAAAGGGAAAAAAUAAGUGGAGAAAGAAUUCAAAAAUUGCUCAGCAGAACCGCAAAGUCGCAGAUGCUAAUGGGCCGACAACAAGGCACACCACGGGUAGUAUAGGAUUUGAUGAGCACCGAAAAGAUGAUAGUAUUUUUGGACAUGACAAUGAUACUGUUUUGGAGGAAACCCAACUUAGGAGAAAAGAAAAGAAGAAGGGUGAUAUCUAUGGCAUAGGAGCAUCAGAUACACAUUUUGUGAUUUAUGGGACACCAUCUUCCCAAUCCACCCAAUCGGAUAGCACACAACAAGAGGUUGAUAGGUUGCGUGCACAAGUUUCUACCAUGGAACAACAACAACAACAACAAAUGAAAGAAAAAAUGGAAAUGAUUAUGAGGAUGAUGAAUAUGUCUGGAAAUCAACCCCGUGCUCCCCCCGAUAAUCCACCUGAGGACAAUUGA